GAGCGUUUUUGAUAGCCAAAACAAACCGUUAAAGAGCAAUAAUUUUUCAUUUUAAUUCAUACUUUUCUUUCGCCACAUUUGGCCUUUUUUCGACUUGUCAACACCUGUCCACUCAAUGGAAGAUUUCUGCAAGCGACUGCCGAAGAUCGAGCUGCACGCUCAUCUGAACGGCUCCCUGAGCGAGUCGACGAUUCAGAAACUGUGCCAGUUAGAAGGUGCUCCGCAUUUGUUCGACAAUUGGCAAGUUGCCAUCAACCAUGGAGAACACCGGACGUUGUCUGAGUGCUUCGAAAUGUUCAAGGCUGUUCACGCUCUUACGGUGGCACCUGAAGCAGUAAAACUCGCCACGGCGAGCGUAAUUAGUGAUUUCGAGCAGGAUGGCGUUAUUUAUCUCGAACUGCGAAGCACGCCACGCGAGGUCGAAGGCCGCAUGACCAAGGAGCAAUACGUUGACGCUAUUGUCGAAGCCAUACUUGCCCACCAAGGAAAAAUCGCUGUAAAGCUGCUCCUCUCGGUUGACCGGCGGCAAAGGUCAGAAGAGGCUGAGCAUGCCCUGAAAAUCGCCCUGGAUGUUAGGGCCAAACACCCUGAUUUGGUCGUGGGUCUUGAUUUGAGUGGAGACCCAACGGCCGGCAGCCUGGACCUUUUUCUCCCAACUUUUGUGAAGGCAAGGCAGCACGGACUCGGCAUUGUCAUGCACUGUGGAGAGGUACCUAACAAGGCAGAGGUGCUGGAGAUUUUGAAAUUCAGACCGGACAGGCUUGGUCACGUCACCUGUCUUCACCCUGACUUGGGAGGGUGCCAGGAACAGUGGAAAACUUUGAUCGAAUCCAAGAUUCCUGUUGAGGUAUGCCUGACCUCCAAUUUACGAUGCAAAACGGUUCCCUCUUACGAAAAGCACCACUUAAGACACCUCUUGAGUGCCAGACAUCCAGUGGCCCUCUCAACGGACGACAAGGGCGUCUUCUGCUCUGACUUGUCAAACGAAUUCCAUAUUGCGGCCAAAUCGUUUGACCUGAGCGAACAGGAUUUGAGAGAUCUUAGCAUCAACACAGUGGACUUCUGCCUCGCGAGUCAGCAGAUGAAAGAGCAGCUACGCAGAUGCUUCCAAUAAACAUCCUCAACUUUAAUUUGAACAGUCGAAAACAAUAGUUAUUUUUCAUGUUUUAAGAACACAAAAUUAAAUAUUAUUUAAAUUUUACAAAAA